AUGCCUUCAAGGACUGUUGGAGGAAACCCUUUGAUAGCAAGAGUUAAUGGAAGAAUGGCAUCAAAUGUGGCUUCAUGGAAUUAUACUCCAAGUUCCUCAUUAACGUCUCAAAACAUCUCAUCACGACAACAAACUUUUACAUCAUAUCCAAACGCAAUACAUAAUGUACAUUCUCAGCAAAACGACAUAUUAGAUAUGUCUGAAUUUCCAGCUUUAGGCAGUACCAACACAACUUCUAAUAAUGCAUCUGCAAGUGGUCUGGGGUCAAGCUAUGCAAACACAGCGCAAACAGGGACUAAUUCUGUAUCGAACGAUAACAGAUCUCUACAUCAUUCACAGCAGUCGCAGGAGUUUACAAUUGAUGACUUUCCGGCUUUGCCUGGAACAACAAGUAAUACAUCAAAUCGAGGAGUAGUUGGUUCACAGUCAACGGUGUCGCAACAUCAUCUUGUAAAUCAAAAUAUAGUUGAUGGACUAACAAACGGAAAUAACAUCCCUACUGAAAUGUCAACUUCCGGAGGUCAGGAUGGACGAAUUAAUGUUGGUGGACUAAGACCAUCGACACAACCAGCAGUGAAUUCUGUGUCCGAACAGAACAAAAAGAACUACUUUACAAAAGCCGGAGGUAGUGUACAAAUCUUGCAACAAUUUCCUUCUUCCUCAUCUUCGAUGAUGCCGUAUUCACUAAAUGGGCCACUCACUCCAUCAACGCCAUACUCUAUAUCUUUAACGGGCACGCCUUAUCCAUAUUCGUCAAACAUACCAAAUAUGCAAUCCUCCGUAGGAGCUGGAGCUGGACCUGGACCAUCAUCAUCACCUUCUGGUGUUGCAUCAGCAGAUGGAUUUGGAUUACUCGGUUUACUAAGCGUAAUACGGAUGACAGAUCCAGAUUUAAGCAUGUUGGCAUUGGGAAGUGAUCUUACAACAUUAGGUUUAAAUUUGAAUUCGCCUGAUGCGCUUUACGCGACAUUUACUUCACCGUGGGCAGAAAACAAUCAAGUUGCAGGAAUGAUUGAACCCGAGUACCAUUUACCAUCUUGUUAUAAUGUACAACCACCACCACCAGCACAAUCUAAAAUAGGAUCUUUUUCGGAUGAGACGUUAUUUUAUAUUUUUUAUAGUAUGCCACGAGACAUAUUACAGGAGGCUGCUGCACAAGAAUUAUAUAAUCGUAAUUGGCGUUACCAUAAAGAUCUUCGACUUUGGUUAACUAAGGAACAAGGAACCGAGCCAUUUACAAAAACACAAGCUUUCGAGCGCGGUAAUUACAUUUUUUUCGAUCCAUCCAGCUGGGAAAAAGUCAAGAAAGAUUUUCUUCUCAUGUAUGAAUCGUUAGAAGAACGACCUGCUACAAUGCUAAGUAGUGUGGGUGGGUCAUCAUCAUCUACAAAUCUUGGAUCCUUAGCACCCUCUGGAUUUCAAUACUGA